GAUGGUGGUGCUGGUGGUGGUGGUGGUGCUGGUGAUGGUGGUGCUGGUGGUGGUGGUGGGAGGGGAGACGAGGUGGAGGAGGUGCUGGGAGGAGCCACCGCUGAAGAGGGCCUCUAUCCGCCCAGGGUCCCACCAACGUCACACCAGCGACCGCAGCCUCCGCGACCACCCCUGAGACCGCCGUCCUCCGAGUCCGUCGACCAGAGGCCCGGCUCCCAGCGCCCGCACGGCGCGGGGCCCCCCGGAGGACCCCGCGGGGAGGGCCCCCCGCUCGCCCCCGCCCCAACCCCCGGGGGGGGGUCCGCGGAGGCCCGGGGCUCGCCCCCCCCAGCGGAGCUGUGCAGUGGCGAGGCGUUCGACGCGUUCAUGACUACGCCCAACGGGAGCGUGCUCGCCUUCCGUGGGCUGUAUGUCUGGGAGCUCUUCCCCGUGUCCGGAGGCUCCCCCAGCCAGCCCCGGCUGAUCGAGGAGGCGUGGGGGGUUCCGCCCCCCGUGGACGCGGCCUUCACGCGCAUCAACUGCCAGGCGCUGUCCUACAUCUUCAAGGGAGACAAGUACUGGCGCUUCACGGACGGGGUGCUCGACCGCGGCUUCCCACGGAGCCUCUCGCGGGGCUUCCCGCGGGUCCCCGCGGCCCCGGACGCGGCCUUCGCCGCUCCGCGCUCCGGACGGGCUCAGGAGCACGCAUACUUCUUCAAGGGGGGGCAGUACUACAAGUACACGUUCCGCCAGCAGCUGACCUCUCGCGAGUGCCGGCGUCUCCCUCGUUCGCGAGCCCCCCACUCGGGGCACUCGCACGGAGCCCCCCACUCGGGGCACUCGCACGGAGCCCCCCGCUCGGGGCACUCGCACGGAGCCCCCUACGGCUGGGACGCCUUCAUGAGCCGCUUCUUCUCGGCCAGACACGACCAGUGCUACCCACGCGACACAGCACUGAGCUGGCGCGGCGUUCCCACGCGUCUUGACGGGGCCAUGCUGUCACCCUACCCGGCACACCCGCACGCCGGCCUGGACGUCUACUUCUACAGCAGAGGUGAAGUCGUGGAGCGUGUGGUGUAG